GUGAGAAGCAGAGCGGACUGCUAGGAGGGCUGGACCCACACCUGACCAGGACAAUGUGUCCACCGGGUCGGGAAACACUUCCCACUCAACCUUUUCUGAAACUUGUGUUUUAUUUUCUCUGCUCGUCAGCUUUUCUCGGUGGAUUGAGACGUUAUGUGAACUAUUAGUCGGCCGUGAGUCAUUUGAAUAUCUUAUAUCUUUGAGCGUUUUUUUGUUGCUUUUCUUUGUUUUCUAUUGUAAAAACCAGCUGCUGUAGGUGGAUGUGGAGCGAUGGGGCCAGAGUCAGUGAAGGUGGUGGUCCGGUGCAGGCCCCUGAAUGACCGGGAGAAGGCUCUGGGCUCUAAGAUGGUGAUGUCCAUAGACCUGCACCGCUGCCAGUGCUUCAUAGAGAAGCCCGGGACAGUGGACGAGCCGCCCAAACAGUUCACCUUUGACGGGACCUAUUUUAUUGAUCAAACCACUGAGGAGAUGUACAACGAGAUUGCCUAUCCCUUGGUUGAGGGAGUCACUGAGGGUUACAAUGGCACAAUUUUUGCGUACGGUCAAACUGGAAGUGGGAAGUCUUUCACCAUGCAGGGGGUGUCUGAUCCUGCAGCCCAGAGGGGGGUCAUCCCACGAGCCUUUGAGCACAUCUUUGAGAGUAUUCAGUGUGCAGAGAAUACAAAAUUCCUGGUGAGGGCCUCCUACUUGGAGAUUUACAAUGAAGAAAUCCGAGACCUUUUGGGAAAUGACACCAAACAGAGAUUGGAGCUGAAGGAGCAUCCAGAGCGUGGCGUGUAUGUGCGGGACCUCUCCAUGCACACGGUACACAGCGUGGUGGAGUGUGAGAGCAUCAUGGAGCAGGGCUGGGGGAACCGGGCCGUAGGCUACACACUGAUGAAUAAAGACUCCUCCCGCUCACACUCCAUAUUUACCAUCAAUUUGGAGAUCUGCAACACAGAUGCAGCUGGCCAGGAUCAUCUGCGAGCAGGUAAACUGAACCUCGUGGACCUGGCAGGAAGUGAGCGACAGUCUAAGACCGGAGCAACAGGCGAGCGACUCCGUGAGGCCACAAAGAUCAACCUCUCCCUCUCGGCCCUCGGAAACGUCAUCUCUGCCCUGGUGGACGGACGCUCCAAAUACAUCCCCUACAGGGACUCCAAGCUGACCCGACUGCUGCAGGACUCUCUGGGAGGAAACACGCGCACCCUGAUGAUCGCCUGUCUGUCCCCUGCAGACAACAACUACGAGGAAAGCCUGAGCACGCUGCGCUACGCCAACCGGGCCAAAAGCAUCCAGAACAGGCCUCGGAUCAACGAGGACCCCAAGGAUGCUCUGCUCCGGGAGUAUCAGGAGGAGAUCAAGAAGCUGCGGGCUCUUAUCUCAGGCCAGCUGGGCACUGCUAACUUGGCCUCUCUGCUGGCUGGUCAGUUUUCUGAGGCCGCCCCUGCUGUUCCUUCAAGGCCACAGUCCAACACCACAGAAGUAGAGCAGGAGAAGAUUAAAGAGGAGUACGAAGAGAGGCUGGCCAAGUUGCAGGCUGAGUACAAUGCAGAGCAGGAAACCAAAGCAAAGCUGCAGGAGGACAUAGCUGCCCUGCGCUGCUCCUAUGAAUCUAAGCUGUCUAAUGUGGAGAGUGUCCGAACCAGCAGGGGGAGCUCUGUCCCAAAGAAUGAGAACAGAAAAUCACCUGGAGCCAACAAAGAACCACUCAGCUCUCCCUGUAUGACCGAGGUCGCUGAGAGAGACACUGAUCCUGUCUGCCACACUACAACUGGAGAAACAUCCCUGACAAAGGCUGCUGUAGCAGUGGGAGUCCAAAAAGCUUCAGGCGGCGACAGACUCGUAGACUCCCCCGACAUCACUGCAGAGCCUCUGGAUCAGCAACAUGUCCUAGAAAGGCUGCAGCAGCUGGAGCAGGUGGUGGUUGGAGGAGAGCAGGCCAGGAACAAAGAGUUAAAGCAGAGGCAGAGGCAGAGGAAGAACUUUGCUGACCAGAGAAAAGUCCAGCUUGUCUGCGCCUUGUCAGAGAACAGUGAGGAAAGUGAAAAUGUGCUGUUGAAUGUCUACAACUCCAUCCAGGAGGAGGUCCAUGCCAAAAACCAAGUGCUGGUCAAGGUCCAGGGCAAGCUGAAAGCAGCCAAACUGGAGAUCCGUGACCUGCAGGCAGAGUUUGAGGUGGAGCGGGACGACUACCUGGCAACAAUCCGCCGGCUGGAGAGGGAGGGCCAGUUACUGCACGGCCUGCUGGAGCGCAUGGUGCCCCUGGUGCGCCGCGACUGCAACUACAGCAACCUGGACCGCUUGAAGAAAGAAGCUGUCUGGGACGAGGACGGCUCCACCUGGAGGCUGCCGGAAGUGAUGGUGCAGAAAACAACACUGCCUUCAGCCGUGGCUCCAAAACUUCCAGCUCGCAGAGGUUCAGCAUCUGAUACCGGAGAUUCUUUCAUGCAGGUGGAGGAGGACAGGUACAAGGAGAUGCUGGACCGCAGUGACAGUGAGAACAUCGCCAGCAGCUACUUCAAGUCAAAGAGGGCGAGCCAGCUGCUGGGACGUGAAACUACUAAGGGACACGCCGUCCACUCUCCUCCCCUGGUUAACGGCGUGAGCCACCUCACUCUGAGUGGAUCAACCAUGAACUCUCCUGUUGGCUCAGACUCCGUCCUGCCGCGUCCCUUCCGCCUGGAGUCACUGGGUUUCCCUGUGUCCAACGGUAAGGUGAAACGCAAAAAAAGCAAAUCUCACAUCCCUAACGAGGGGAUUUGAAACGACUGUUCACAUUCCCACUACCUCACUGUCAUCCCAAAAAGACUGUAUACACUGUGAUAGUAUAUAUUUAAUGAUUAAAAUUGAAUUUUUGAUACCCGGAAAUGUAUACAGGAGGUACUUAUUGUGGAUAUUACAAGUCCAGAUGCGUUUUAAAUCAUAUUUUGAAUGUUAAUUUUCAACGAACACUACCCACAGUAUGAUAGUUUGAUGAGUUUUUGCACUGUACCUAAAAACUUGUGAUUCUUGCACUGUGAGACUCAAAGUCCAACCACUGUAAUAUUUAACUUUUAAUGUACUUUGCUUUUGGUGAUUGUUGACUCACAUCUAAAAUUCUUGCUGCUGGCUAGAAAAAAUAAAAUGAAAUAAUUUAUCCUCUA